AUGUCACCUCGAGAUAUUGAGCGGACUUCUAUAACAAGUCAACAGGAUUCUAUUCUUGAUGGCCAAUUUGAAGCCAAAAAUGGUAAAAAAAUAAUAGAACAAGAGCAAUCAAUAGACGGCGAAGUCCACUUGAGGAAAUCCUUCUCUCUUUGGUCAAUCCUUGGUGUUGGUUUUGGCUUAACAAACUCAUGGUUCGGUAUUUCUGCAUCUAUGGUUACUGGUAUCAACUCCGGUGGGCCUAUGAUGAUCGUCUAUGGUAUUAUAAUCAUUGCAUUGAUAUCAGUUUGUAUUGGUGUGUCCCUUGGUGAAUUGUCCUCUGCAUACCCGCAUGCUGGUGGCCAAUUCUGGUGGUCAUUGAAAUUGGCCCCAACAAAACACAAAAGAUUUGCAGCUUACUUAUGUGGUUCAUUUGCAUAUGCUGGUUCAUUAUUUACAAGUGCUUCUACUACCUUGUCUGCUGCUACUGAAUUAGUUGGUAUGUACGUGCUAACUCACCCAGAAUUCACACCAAAGAGAUGGCAUAUUUUUGUCUGUUUUGAACUAUUGCAUCUAUUCUUGAUGUUGUUUAAUUGUUAUGGUAAAUCUUUACCUCUAAUUUCCGCAUCUUCGCUAUACAUUUCCUUGACAUCCUUUUUUGUCAUUACAGUUACAGUUCUUGCUUGCUCAUCAGGUAAAUUCAACGAUGCCAAGUUCGUAUUUGCAACAUUUUAUAACGAAACUGGCUGGAAGAAUAGUGUCAUAGCGUUUAUUGUUGGUUUAAUUAACCCUGCUUGGUCUUUCUCUUGCUUGGACUGUGCUACUCAUAUGGCCUUUGAAGUUGAGAAACCAGAAAGAGUGAUACCAAUUGCUAUUAUGGGUACAAUUGCCAUCGGCUUCUUGACAUCGUUUUGCUAUGUCAUUGCCAUGUUCUUCUCCAUUCGUGAUUUGGAUGCGCUAUUAGCCUCUAAUACAGGUGCUCCAAUCCUAAAUAUCUAUGAACAAGCCACCAACAGUAAAGCUGGAGCCAUUGUUUUGGGGUGUCUAGUGCUAAUAACAUCAUUUGGUUGUAUCAUUGCCUGUCACACAUGGCAAGCAAGAUUAGGUUGGUCAUUUGCUAGAGACAAUGGUCUACCUUACUCCAAGUAUUGGUCUCAAGUUAACCCUAACGCUGGUGUACCUUUAAAUGCCCACUUAAUGUCUUCAGCUUUGAUUGCCCUUAUUGGUGUUUUGUAUUUAGCCUCCACUACUGCUUUCAACUCAUUGAUCACAGGUUGCAUCGCCUUCUUACUAUUAUCAUAUAUCAUACCAGUCAUUUGCCUUCUAAUGCGUAAGCGUCAAAUAAGGCAAGGACCAUUCUGGCUAGGGAAAUUCGGUCUAUUUUCAAACAUUGUCCUGUUAGGAUGGACACUAUUUGCUAUAGUGUUCUUCUCAUUCCCACCAGUACUACCAGUAUCAAAGGAUAAUAUGAACUAUGUGUCGGUAGUAAUUGUGGGCUACACUGUAUAUGCCAUUGCAUAUUGGGAGUUCAAGGGUAAGAAGGAAUUCCAUGCUGUAGAGGAAGAAGAAAGUGAGGAUGAUAUUGAUGUCAAUGAGUCUAACAUUGAAAUUAUCAAUGAUUACCACGAUUCAAACUCUGUCAAUAAUAUUAUUCACCAUCACUACGACAAGGUGGGUUUGGAUACCAAGCAUUGA